AUGAAAUAUUUAAUAAUUGAUUUUACCAUACUUGUCAGGUAUUUAGCUAAUGGAGAUUAUCAAAUUUCUCAAGCCUUUGCAUUUCGAAUGGGUAGAUCAACUGUGUGCACUAUCAUUAAAAAAACUUGCGAAGCUAUUUGUUCUCCUAACUGUGAUGAAAAAUAUAGAUUUAUAUAUGUUGAUAUAGGAGGAUUUGGUGGAAGAAGUGAUGGAGGUAUAUUUUCCCAUUCAAGUCUUGGCAGAUCACUGGAAACAGAAAAAUUGGAUUGGCCACAAUCAUCACCAGUAAGUGGAAUGCCUUGUAACCUACCAUAUUUUAUGGUUGAUGACGAGGCAUUUCCAUUAAAAACUUAUUUACUUCGACCAUAUCCUGGCAGACAAUUAACAACGAAAAAAAGAAUAUUUAACUACAGACUUAGCCGAGCUAGACGUGUCAUAGAAAAUACAUUUGGUAUUCUUUCUGCACGUUGGAGGAUUCUAUGCAGAUGCAUUCAAGCUUCUCCAGAAACUGUAGAUAGUAUCAUAAAAGCUUGUGUGUGUCUGCAUAAUUUUGUGAUGACAAAAGAAAGCAAAAUUAAUUCAGACAUGAAAUUUUAUUGUCCCUCCCAUUUUAUUGAUAAAGAGGCUGCUGAUGGAACUAUUAUAGAAGGACAGUGGAGAAAGGAGAUAGGAAGUGAAUCAUCAUCUCUUCCUCAAAGACCAUGUCAACAGCAUAAUUACAUACACCAAUGUCAACAAUCCGAUCAAAGGAUACAUCGGCGACGUUCCGUACCAGCUGGAUCCAGUUCCGGCUCAGCUAACAGCUGUUCUUAUAAAUCCUCAACUAUUUGA